AUGGCUGCCAUUGAAACUCAAUCCGUUGAACAAGUUGACAAAGAGUCAAAUAUUGAAGCAGUGAAACUUGGCAGCAUAAGCUCAUUGUAUCGAGGUGUAUCGGAUCUUGAUCAACAAUAUCUAUGGUCACAGGCAUGCAAAGAAAUGCUGCUGCAGCCAAGAAACUCCACGGAAAUUUAUUUCCAGCAGAUGAAACUAAACAUUGAUGACACACCAAUUGAGUACUUCUUCUGUAGUGAUUGGGAGUGUACUAGAAGAGAAAGUGGGAGUCUUUUGAGCACUAUGAGGAAUCAAAAAUGUUAUUGUGGUAGAGUACUGGACAAAGAUGUGGCUCCAGAACAUCUGAGUUUAGGAAAUGGCUUUGUUGAAGAAACUGCUACUUUUAUCAUUUCCGACGAUCUUUUUGUGAUGCCUAAUGUUUUGGCAACAGUUGUACAUCUACAUCAGAAGCUUGGAAUUGAUACCAAUGACACUAUUGUCGAACAAACUGUGGAAAUAAGCAAGAAAGAGGUAGUUGAUCUUCUCAAAUUAUCAUUGUUCUCAAACUCCCCUUUGACAGAUUUAAUCUUAAAGAAGAAUCAAUUUGUUGAUAAAUUUUACCAAAGCAAUCAAAAAAUUUGA